UUUGAAAACCCGAUCUGUUUAUUGAAAUCAUGAACAGCUUUUAAAAUGAGAUUUUGUAAUAAAACAACUAAAUUUGUGAUACUUAGUCUUGGAAUGUGUAGUAGAGCUCUCUACUUCGGGAGGCGUCAAGAUGGAAAGUGAUAAACAUUUCCAAAACGAUGAGGAACGUUCACUUUUGGGCAAUAAUCAACGAGUUUACAGACAUGCAUCAUUGACUGGUGUUCCCAGUACAAUACUGGAGCCACCCAAUGUAUACAAGAGCAGAUGGAGGUCCAUCCGCAUCAUGUACUUGACCAUGUUCCUCAGCAGUGUGAGCUUCUCCAUUUGCAUGUCUUCUAUAUGGCCAUACUUACAAGUGGUGGACCCUUCCGCUGGUUCCACCUUUUUGGGCUUGGUUGUGGCUGCCUACAGUCUUGGACAGUUCCUAGCAUCACCCAUAUUUGGAGGCUGGGCAAACAUUCAAAAGAACUCUUAUGUUCCUCUAGUAGUUUCCAUCAGUAUCAAUAUUGCAGCAAACAUUCUUUAUGCUUACAUUGAGGUGAUCCCUGCCAAGAGAAGUUGGGUCCUUCUGGCUGCAAGGUUUGCCAUAGGCUUUGGAGCAGGAAAUGUAGCUGUUGUGAGGGCCUAUGUGUCUGGAGCAACUACAAUGAAAGAACGAACACCAGCUAUGGCUAACUUAAGUGCUGGUCAAGCCAUUGGCUUUAUUAUAGGACCAGGUAUCCAGGCUGCAUUCUACCCCAUAGGUUACCCUGGCAUUGUACACAUCCCAGAGCUGCAUAUUGAUCUCUACACAGCCCCAGCAUUGUUCAGUGCAGUACUUGGUGUUGUUAACAUUGGCCUCAUCCUUACUAUAUUCAGUGAACAUAAGGUCCAGGAUGAUGACAUUGGGGGUGGCAGCAUACAAUACUCAUCAGAUACUGAAGACCUCUUGACAGAGGCUGAUGUGGACAAACCUGAUACGGUGGCAGUAGUGGCAUCUAAUAUCACAUUCUUUGUUGUCUUAUUUGUAUUCUCCCUAUUUGAAACCAUUAGUACUCCUGUGUCUAUGGACAUGUAUGACUGGACAAAGUCCCAGGCCACCCUCUACAACGGCAUCAUCCUGGCAUGUGCUGGAAUACUUGCAGUUAUUGUCUUCAUGGCUAUCAAAGUAGUCACAAAGAAGAUCAAUGAGAGAGCCAUCCUGCUUGGAGGCUUUAUCUUUAUACUGGCAGGCUUCAUAGUCUACCUGCCCUGGGGCAAUAUAUAUCCUGAUUAUCAGUUAACAAAGCUUGUCCCAGCAAUAAUGAACAAUACAAACCAGUCUAGCACAGUAGGGCCACUAAUUAUCAAUGGCACUGAUGUUACCCCAGUGGGCUGCCCAACCUCACAAGCCUGGUGUGCCUACAUUCCAAAGAUAUCAUUUGCUCAAAAUAUAGUAGGGUCCCUGUGUGUUGCAAUAGGAUAUCCUACGUGCAAUGUGAUGUCAUACACAAUAUAUUCUAAGAUAUUAGGCCCAACUCCACAGGGAACAAUGAUGGGAUGGUUUACAGCAUCUGGGAGUCUUGCUCGUAUGGUUGGACCAAUCUUCAUCAGUUAUUUCUACUCACAUUUUGGACCGCGGGUGUCAUUUGUCACAGUCUGUGCAAUAGUUCUUAUGACAAUAUUAGGUGUUAUAGUCGUGUACAAGAGACUGGUUCCUUUUAGAAUCACCAGAAAACCACUGAGAUCAUACACCACUAACUAGGAUGGAGAUAGCGUUAUAGUGCAGUACUACCUGGAGUUGGAUAUGCAUGUAUUAUUAGAAGGUUUUAAUUCAUUCUUUGACAGUUUGGUUUAUUUCCACUACUAAUAGUUUUUAUACACCAAUACAGUAUGUUUUAUGAGAUAUUUAAUGUUAAUAUCUUUGUCAAAGGCAUCAAAGGAUCCUGGAAAGUUUGAAGAGGAACUUUGAAAAUAUGUGAUCUAGUAGUCCAGACUUAAAUGUUCAUAAAUUGUUACUUUAAAUAGUAGGAUGAUGUCUCUGUAAUAUUCUUGGAAUAUCAACCUUGAUCUCGGUCUACUUGCACUUGUAAAAUAUUAUCAUAUUAUUUGUGGAUCAGAAGAAUUAAUUCUUUUGAAGGAAAACUGGAAUGUAAAAAUAAAGGUUCAUGUGCAGUGUGCCAGGUGAUUUUAGACAGUCAUAUAUUGAACCAUGAAUACUUUCUGGGCAUAAAUACAGUGUUUUUUUAUGUAAUGUUUUCUUUCUUGUAAAGUACCCAUGAUGAUAAAAAAUAUCAGUCGAACAAUUCAAAAUUUUUUG